UUAGAAAACCUUAUCUUAUUAAUCGUUAUCAAACUUUAGUUAAUUUUCUUGAAGAAAGUAAUUAUUGGGAAUCAAUAAAUAUUGAAUUAUUUCUUCCAAACGAAUCUGUACCAAAGCAUCGAUACAUUAAGGAAUUAAAUGAAGGAUUACCUUUUAAAGUAGCACAAUAUGUACAUGAUAGUAAGCAUGGUUUUUCAGUAAUAUACUUAUGGCGUGUACCUUUAAAUGCAUCUGAUUCAGAA